AUGGCGACCAAACUGUCACUUAAGCUCACCAAUAGAGCACCGAAAAAACCGAUUCGGAAGCUGCCACCAACUGUCGAGCUGCCGCACGAUGCCACCAUCGAGGACGCGAAGAUGGUGAUUGCCCGCCAGUCGGGCUUCACCGACUACAACCGCAUCGGUUUGUUUGACCCGGUGUCCAAGCAGAAUCUCAAAAACCGGAGGGCUCUCGUUCGUGACGAGGCCGGCGUCACCUCUGUUGGUGAGCUUGUCGUCAAGGACCUGGGCCCCCAGGUCGCCUGGCGCACCGUCUUCGUCAUCGAGUACUUCGGCCCGAUCCUCUUCCACGCCCUCGUGCCCCUCAUCCGCCCCUACAUCUACCUCAUCCCGCCCUUCGCCUACAAGAGCGAGUCCGAGACGCCCAUGACGCAGGUGCAAUGGCUGCUGUUUGCACUGUUCCACCUCCACUUCCUCAAGCGCGAGUUCGAGACCGUCUUCGUGCACAAGUUCUCGGCCAACACGAUGCCCGCCCGCAACAUCGUCCGCAAUUCGGCCUUCUACUGGCUCAUGGCCGGCCUGCUCUGCGCCCUCGACGUCUACGCCCCCGGCAACCUGUCGGCGCGCGACGAGCUGGUGCCGCUCGACUACGUGGGCCUGGCCCUGUUCGCCGUCGGGGAGGCGUGCAACUGGAUCGUGCACCAGCACCUGGCGAGCCUGCGCAAGCCCGGCGGCACCGAGAAGGGCAUCCCGAACUGCAUCGGCAGCAGUCUGGUGACGAGCCCGAACUACAUGUUUGAGGUGCUGGCGUGGGUGGGCGUGAUUUUGAUCAGCCGCAGCUGGGCCGUCGUGCUGUUCAUCUGCACGGGCAUCAUCUACAUGCGCAGCUGGUCGCGCGGCAAGGAGAAGGCGCUGCGCAACGAGUUUGGCGACCGCUACAAGAAGAAGCGGUACACCAUGUUGCCGGGGCUGAUCUGA